AUGCCUGAUGGUCAGUCAAAUCACCUAAACCUCUUUAAUUCGCGGCCGCAACCGAAAAAGAAACGAAAAUCAAGAACAGCAUUCACAAAUCAUCAAAUCUUUGAACUUGAGAAACGAUUUCUUUAUCAGAAGUACCUGUCUCCAGCGGAUAGAGACGAGAUAGCGAGCUCUCUUGGACUGUCUAACGCUCAGGUCAUCACAUGGUUCCAAAAUAGGCGAGCAAAACUCAAGCGAGAUAUGGAGGAACUAAAAAAAGAUGUCGAAAGUGCUAAAGUACUAUCCGCCCAUAAAAGCUUCCUUGAAAACGUCACAGAUUUGGGAAUUCUAAAGAAAAAAGCUAUGAGCAUAGGCGCGAGUGAGGAAGCUGCGACAAAUCUCGUAGUGAAUGCGUCGAAA